GUUAUGCGCCACGUCCAAAAUGUCAACAGAGAAAGUGUUUCCGCUAAAAUGUCCUGUGCAGACUUACGCUUGGGGUCGUCUAGGGAGUGACAGUGAAGUAGCAAGACUGUCAAAGGCAUCAGAUGUAACAUUUGAUCUUCAAGAAGAAACCCCAUAUGCUGAGUUAUGGAUGGGCACACAUCCAAAAGGUCCUGCAGUGAUAGCAUCAAGCAGUCAAAGUGGAACCUCAUUGGCUGACUGGAUCAGUGUAAAUGGAGAAAGCCUGGGUCAAAAGGUCAAGGACAGGUUCAAGGGUCAACUUCCAUAUUUGUUCAAGGUACUCUCGGUGAACAAAGCCCUCUCUAUACAAGCUCAUCCUAAUAAGAAUCUCGCAGAACAGCUCCAUCUAUCCAAUCCUGACAAGUAUCCUGAUGCCAACCAUAAGCCAGAGAUGGCCAUUGCCCUGACAGAGUUUGAGGGAAUGUGUGGAUUCCGACCAUUGCAAGAAAUAGCUUUCUUCAUGCAAACUGUUCCAGAAUUUGCAGCUGUAGUCAACACAGAUGUGGCACAAAAAUUCAUCUCCACAGUUCAAGAGACCAAAGAUGUUACCACAGCAACUGACUUAUUAAAACAAAGCUUUACAAAUCUGAUGAAUUGCCAUCCUAGUACUCUAAGUGAACAACUUGAGAGGGUCACUCAAAGAUUUCAAACACUUGAUGACCUAGAUGGCAAACUAGAGAAAGAGCUGCUUCUACGAUUGAAUCAACAGUUUCCGGGGGAUGUCGGUAUAUUCUGCGUAUUCUUCUUGAACCAUAUGCGACUUCAACCCGGAGAGGCCAUGUUCCUCGAGGCAAACUUGCCGCACGCUUACCUCUCUGGGAAUUGUAUCGAGACUAUGGCGUGUUCAGAUAAUGUGGUUCGGGCAGGCCUGACCCCCAAAUUCAAAGACGUACCCAACCUGUGCAGUAUGCUAAAGUAUGAGUCAAAGACAUCCAGUGAAAACAUGUUUCAACCACAAGUAGAUAAGGAAGAUCCAUGUGUUACGAUAUACAACCCACCUGUGCCUGAUUUCGCAGUUGCAAGAGUUAGGGUUCCGAGUGGUACGAAACAAUACACAAUGGCAGCAAUAGACAGUGCAAGUCUAGUCCUGGUUGUAGAAGGAAAGGCCACAGGACAGAACAGGACUCUCAAUGGACAGCCUUUGAAUGUUUCUAAGGGGUCUGUCAUAUUUAUAUCAGCCAAUGAGAGCGUAGACUUAACAAUUGAAUCUACCUCAGAAGGACUCCUUGUAUUCAGAGCAUUUUGUGAAUUAUGAUGAUGGUUUGACUAGAUGCUGUUUAUUUGUAUGUAGUGAAUUCGAAUAAUUCUCCAAAAUCCUUACAUUAGAAAAGUGUGAAAUAUUUUCUUUAACUUAACUUAACCUGAUUACUCCACUUUGAUUGGUCAGAGAGCAGUGAACAUUUUUAUUUGUUAUAUUAGACACCUUUCUCUUUAGUUUCGUCAGACUAACAAAGCAAUUAUAGACUCCAUUUGGUUGAUAGUCAGAACUGUUUUCCUCCACUGAGACCCUCUACUUCUGUGUCUCUAGUGUUGGGGUAUAAAUUUGACUGUAAUCCUCUGGAGAGGUCAAUAGUUAUAAUUUUCUACUGGUUUCAUGCUGCAAAAAUUAUUGUCUGUAACAACUUAAUACAAGGUACUGAUAAGUAAUAAAAAAAGUAAAUGACUACUUCUCGUGAACAUGAAUAAGAGAAGAUGUAACAUUUAAGAAUAUGAUAAAAUGUAACCACCUACUGUAAUAACUAGGUUAACCAGUUGUUACAGGAGCCAUUUGCUGACUCUGAAUUGUUGAAUGCAGGGGUUUCAUUGGCAGCAGG